ACGUGUCGUUCCUGCUGCGUUGGCAGUGCUGGCUUUGUGGACGAGACUUUGCUGAGCGUUUUCGUCCAAGCCGUUUUCAAAAUCCACCGAACGUGGACUGCCUUACGUUCCCAAAAAAGGAUUUGCGCCAGAAACAAGGCCAAAGGAUGUACCAUGCCCAGGGACCUGAAGUUAUUCCACUUCGCAUUUUUUCUUAUGCGUGGCAGAGCAAAAAAGAUCUUGGUUUUUAUGAUACGCAAUUCUUCAUGUAAGUUUGAUAACGUAGCU